AUGGUGGAGGAGGUGGAGGCGGAUCCAGAGGCCCCAGCGUGGUCCGGGCUCAGCUGGUUGGUGUGGGCUCCUUCUCAGGCAGCGGCGGAGGCGGCGGUGGAGGCGCAGGUGGAUAUGGCAGCGGAGGUGGAGGUGGAGGAGGCUACGGUGGAGGCGGCGGUUGGAGUAUAUAGGGAGUCGAGAUGUAGACAGUCUGCAGAGGAAAGAACUCAGAUCAUGAAGAUUUGUAUUGCACUGGCGUUCGUGGCCACCAUAAGCAUGGUAGCGGCUGCUCCUGGUGGUUGUUGUGGAUCAGGAGGCGGCAGUGUGGUGAGAGCUCGUCUCGUCGCAUCUCGCACCUUCUCAAGCGGCGGAAGCGGUGGAGGUGGACGCGGCGGAGGAGGUGGAGGAGGAUAUGGUGGAGGAGGUGGAGGCGGAUCCAGAGGCCCCAGCGUGGUCCGGGCUCAGCUGGUUGGUGUGGGCUCCUUCUCAGGCAGCGGCGGAGGCGGCGGUGGAGGCGCAGGUGGAUAUGGCAGCGGAGGUGGAGGUGGAGGAGGCUACGGCGGAGGCGGCGCGGUGGCUCUGAAGGUUGAGACUUCAGAAGUAAGUUUCGGCGCAAAAAGUGUAGAUAAAGGGUACCUGGCAUCCCUUUAUACAUGGAGUAUAAAGGGAUCGUCAACUCAAGAUGUAGUCAGUGUGCAGAGGGAAAGAACUCAGAACAUGAAGACUUAUAUUGUACUGGCGUUCGUGGCCGCCAUAAGCGUGCUGGUUGGUGUGGGCUCCUUCUCCGGCAGCGGCGGAGGCGGCAGUGGAGGCGCAGGUGGAUACGGCAGCGGAGGUGGAGGUGGAGGAGGCUACGGCGGAGGCGGCGCCUUCUAUGACUUUCCAUACAAGAGGUUCUUAAUCUGGGAUCCGUGGUCCCCAGUUUAA